CCGAUUUGCACUGGUUCUCUUAUGAUAGAAAUAAUAAAGUUGUUGCUGGCGGGAAAUAACGCGUAUACAAACAUUUACAGAGUAACACAAGUAGUUCCCCACGGUGUGCAAUAUACGAAGAUAAUCCUGUUCCUCGAGUUUGUAUAAUUUGAAGUCAUGGUAGCCAACAAGCUCCUCACACUGGUGUUUGUGAGGAAGGAGGCUCAGAUUCUACUGGGGUUGAAGAAGAGAGGGUUUGGUGAAGGUCGCUGGAAUGGCUUUGGAGGAAAAGUUGAAAAGGGGGAAACAAUUCUUGAAGCUGCCAAAAGAGAGCUGAAUGAAGAAAGUGGACUGACAGCUCACAGUCUGGAGCAGAUCGGUGUCCUCAAGUUUGAGUUUGUUGGCAAGCCACAGUGGCUGGAGGUGCAUGUGUUCCACACCCGGGACUACGCGGGAGAGCCCACAGAGACCUCAGAAAUGCGUCCCCAGUGGUACAACAUUGACUCGAUACCGUACGACAUAAUGUGGCCUGAUGACAAGCAGUGGUUCCCCCUCAUGUUAAAGGAAGCUAAGUUUAACGGAUACUACCUGUUUGAAGGAAUGGACAUUAUACUGAAGGAAGACCUGAAAGAAGUGCAAUCAUUGGAUGUCUGAAUGGAAUGUGUUUUUUCUACAUUGGCAUAUGUGGACUGAAGAUUUAAAAAAUUGUACCAAGGAUUUUAAUGCCUUUUUAGUUUGCCAUUACAUCGUCAAUGGAUAUUAAAAUUGUAUGUUUUUUAUUUA